AUGAGUGAAUCCAAGGAAAUGGUCAUUAUCCUCACUGGAGCAUCGCGAGGCAUCGGCCUCGCAAUAGCGCACCACCUCCUCUCCCACCCCGCCAACCACAAACUCGUCCUCACCUCGCGCACCACCAGCGCCCUCAGCGCCCUGCAAACCCAAUACGGCGACUCCCGCGUCGAGAUCCUCGCCGGCGACGCCGCCGACCCCUCGCUCCCCGCCUCCCUGAUCAGCGCCGCAAAAUCCCGCUUCGGCCGCCUCGACGCCCUGAUCGUGAACCACGGCUCACUGGACCCGGUGUGCAAGAUCGGCGACUCGUCGCCCGCCGCGUGGCGCGCCGCCUUCGACACCAACGUGUUCAGCGCGGUGGGGCUGGUGCAAGCCGCGCUGCCGCUGCUGCGCGAGAGCAAGGGCCGCAUCGUGCUGACCAGCAGCGGGGCGGCGACGGGCGCGUACCAGGGCUGGGGCGCGUACGGGGCGGGCAAGGCGGUGCUGAACCAUGUGGCGCUGACGCUGGGCGUUGAGGAGCCGGACGUCACGACCGUGAGUGUCAGGCCUGGUGUCGUGGAUACGGAGAUGCAGCGUGCGAUUCGCGAGGAUCAUGUCCAGGGGAUGAGUGCGCGGGACCAGGAGAAGUUCCAUGGGUGGCAUAAGGAGGGGAAGCUGGUUAGGCCGGAGCAGCCGGCGGGGGUUAUUGGGGAGUUGGCGCUGAGGAGCGAGAAGGGGCUGAGUGGGAAGUUCUUGAGCUGGGAUGAUGAGAGUUUGAAGGGGUAUCGAACGGAUUUGUAG